AGAGGGAUAAAGUUGCAGGGAGAACCCAUUUCGAGUGGCCCAUUUCUCUUAUCACGAUAAGCCUGGGCUUGGCUCGACGUGACUAUCACGGAAACCCGGCGUUCGGGGUGAUUCACUUUUCGAUUGCAAUUCAUCGCGAUCGGUCUCCAGUCGCGGAUCCACCGUCGCGAUGAGUACGACAGCCGCGAGCUCGCUGCCGCCGCCAUUGUCGUCGUGUCAUGACCGUCAUCGACAUGGAUGAUCUGAAGCCGGCCAGCAACGAGACCAGGAUGGACGUGGAAUUGGUGACCCGUGCGUCAUUGAGUUCGCUGCAGAAGGUGGACGACGGUCGUAUCGUCUCCCCGAACAGCUUCGAGGAGUGGACGUUGUCUAGGCUGAAGAAAAUAUUCAAACGCAAGAAUUUAGAAAAGCUAUACACGAUUUACCAGAGGAGGUUACAAUAUGGUUUUCUCUCGAUAUUCGUCGUACUGCAAUUCUUACUUGGACUUACAUAUUGCUUGUUUCUGAUCAAAAUGGUUGAAAUAAAGGAAUGCAUACUGGAUAUCGUAGUCUACUGCAUCGUGGGCGCUCUAUUGUGUCCUAUGAUCGCCCUGUCGUUCCGAUUAAGGAUCAUUGCCAAAAACACCUAUUUACCAGCCAUGCUGUCCUGGAUGAUCGUCAUACUUCUGGUCGUCGGUGACCUGGCUAUUCCUCUGUAUUACAUUACCGACCACGAGAACAGUCGGCCGAUAAGACCAGCGUACGCGACGCACACGCUUCUCGCGUGCUACGUAUUCCUGCCGAUCACAAAAAAUUCGCAUGCUUUCAUACUCGGCCUUACGACCACCACGUGCUAUCUGGCGAUUCUGUCGUUAAUCACCUACAGCAACACCGAUUACGUUACCAAGAUCGCCACCGAGAUGAUAUACUUCGUCUGCGUGAACGGGCUGGGGCUCUACUUCAGGUUUAUGAAUGAGGUCGUCAUCAGGCGCUCCUUCCUGGACCGCCGGAAGUGCGUCGAAUCCACGCUCAGGCUCAACUACGAGAAGGAUCAAGAAGAGCAAUUGACACGAAGUAUACUGCCACAACACAUAGUGGCGAAAAUCAAAAAGGACUUCCGGGACAUCUCCAAGUUCAUAGAGGAGCACAAGAAAAGUCCUCCGCCGAAAGGCAGGCCGCACAGGUACGACUCUCUCGUAAAAAAUUGGAAGUUGUUCCAUUAUUCCAAUUUAAUCGUUACAUUUCAAUUGUCUCUGUUCAGCGAUCUGUGCGUGGAGACGCACGACAACGUGAGCAUCCUGUAUGCGGACGUGGUGAAUUUCUCCGGGUUGACGGUGACGCUGCCGAUACGGAAACUCGUGGAGACGCUGAACGACCUGUUCGGCAGCUUCGACGAGGCCUCCGAGCGGCACAAUGUGCUGAGAAUCAAAUUUCUGGGCGACUGCUACUACUGCGUGAGCGGCGUGCCCACGCCGAACUCCCAGCAUGCCAAGAGUUGCGUUGAUCUCGGCCUCGAUAUGAUAAAGAUCAUCAACGAGGUGAGGGCGCGUCUCUAUCGCGAGAGUGGAGUGGACGUGAACAUGAGGAUCGGCGUACACUCGGGCAACAUAAUAUCCGGAAUCUUGGGCAUGAACAAGUGGCAGUACGACGUUUGGUCCCGCGAUGUGGUGAUAGCGAACAAGAUGGAGCAGACCGGGAAGCCCGGAAAGGUCCAUGUAACUCAGCAGACCUUGGAUCUCAUAAACGCGAGCGAUUACAACUACAUCCCGGUCGAGAGGUUGGAUGACGAAGUCCUGCAAAAAUACAGAAUACGCAGCUAUCUCAUCACGCCGUCUUUACCGGAAACGCCGAUACCAUCGCUGACGCGCGAGAACAGUUUGAAGACCGUUAGUCCGGACACGCCGACUCUGUCAUAUACAACGCCUAACAAGCACUACGUCAAGUUCAACAAUGGGCGUUCCAACACCAUCAUCAACACCAUUUCCAGGACGAAGUUGAUGAUGAACAAUCAAGCGGACGUUUUCGCGAGCACUUACAGACGGAGAACGCACUUCAUGGAUUCCUGCCUACGGGAUUACCAUCUGAUGCUGAAAGCGGCGGACGCCGAGAUGGAGAACGCUAUCAAUCAAAUGCCUCUCAACAAAUGGGAACAAUGGAGCAACUGGAAGCAUAUAAAUCCGCUCUUCCUCACAUUUCGGCAAUGGAGCUGGGAGAUUCCAUUUCUGCGCGAACCAGACCCCCUUUUUAAGUUUUACAUCGGCUGCUCCACCUUCGUGCUUGUUUUCAUGGCCUUAAUGUAUCUCGUGCCCACAUUUAUGUUUUCUCAAUGGCAUCUGGGCACAAUUGUCGGUUACUCGUCGGCGAUAAUGUUCCUGAUCGCUCUAAUACCUCUCACAUGGAUGCACUUCGUGUGGAAUCGCUGCAAGGACCCCCACGACGAGCACGAGGGCCACGUUCCCCAUCCGCGGAACAAACUGCUAUAUUUUUUUUAUCAAACAAGCGUGAAGGUUGUAUGGAGCGCUCUUCUGAGAACAAUCUUGUACCUGGUGAUUACAAUAAUGCUGGCAGCAUGCGCCAUGUUUGACAUGAUCUUCGAUUACAAAAAUGAGGAUCACUUAUUGGACAAUAACGUAACGUCCAGCAUGUCGGACGACGGCGCCUCCAAGUUAGAACGCAUAUCUACACCUUGGCAAAUGACACAGACCUGCUCGUUGGCGAUCCUCACGAGUUUCCUCUUUCUGAGGGUUCACUACGCCUUGAAAUUUAUAAUAGGCAUCUGCGUGGUGGCCUUUUACGCGUGGAACGUUUGGGUGUAUCGGUCUAACAUAUUUCAGUCGAGCGACACGUGGAAUCCUCAAUUGGAUCCGAGACUGGCACAUAUAUUCACGAUAUUGUUUCUCACGUUCUCCUUACAUCUUAUCGAUCGUCAGGCAGAGUACUUGAGCAGGUUGGAUUACCAAUGGAAGCGUCAGCUGACGAAAGAACAGAACGAAGCAUUUCACACGAGGAACGCCAACAAGCUUCUACUUCGUAACAUCCUGCCGGAACACGUUGCGGACUUUUAUUUGAACAUGAAUCGAACCGAGGAGAACGAGCCUUAUCACGAGGCCCAUAACAACGUCGCCGUGAUGUUCGCCUCUCUGACGGAGCUGUCGAUCGACGAGAGCAACAUUCUUAGCGAUUUGAACGAGAUUAUCUGCGAAUUUGACAAGCUGCUCUUCGACCCCUGCUUUAUGUAUCGCAUAGAGAAAAUAAAGGUCGCCGGAAUAACGUAUAUGGCUGCCUGCGGAUUGGAAGCGAGUCGACGCGAUUCAAUGCGCAGCACCGAGAGCGAUGAGAAUUGCAGCGACAAUGUGGUCAAGGUGAUGGCGCAAUUUGCCGUACAAAUGAUGUCCGUGCUCGAUAAAAUGAACGCGAGAUCGUUUACCAUGUCGAAACCUCACAAAUUAAGGAUCGGAAUUUCUCAUGGAGAGGUGACGGCCGGCGUCGUAGGGGCUCAAAAGCCAUUGUACGACAUUUGGGGCGACGCUGUAAAUAUGGCGUCCAGGAUGGAUACCACUGGAUUACCAGGAAAGAUACAGGUGACAGCGGAUACAGCCACCGUUUUGGAACAGCAAGGUGUCAAGUGUCACUUACGCGGCGAGACGUAUGUCAAGCCGAAAGGAGAAGUCACGACGUAUUUCGUAGGUAUCGACAAGAUGGGGAUGUUGGAGAAAGUUGCGGAGGAAGAGAGUACUAGUUUGUGACAAACGAUAAACGAUAAUUCGAAUUAACUUUAGCGAUCAAGAUAUCCCGAUAAAUCGUCUAAAGCGCGCAGGGUGUAGCCGAACGAUUGCUUUCGUCCAUCAUGCCCGCUCCUAAUGUUUAGAACAAUGAAGAGUUGGCAUUAAAAAUUAAAAAAAAGGUAAAGAGAGGUUCUCGUUCUGAAAAUACAUCUUUAGCCAUAUCCAAUCGAAUUUAAUGUGCGAAUUAUCAUUAGCUACGCCCUGUUACGUUCGAGCGGAGCAGGAAAAA